AGGACAAUUUAACAUAUCAGUGUCUCUGUGGAUCACUGCCUAGCUACAUUGUAAAUUCUCUAGCGAAAUCUGCGUUUAUUAACCUUGAAUCUUACGUUAGAUCCUUUGCGCUGUGCAUAUUAUUUUAGUAAAGAAACUCCAUGGGGACGAUAGCGACAAAUGACAACAAUAAAACAGAAAAGUCAGCAUGUACUAAAUCAUACUACUUCUGGGUGGGCUAUUUGGGAGCCGAAUUAAAGAAUGAUUCACACUGAUUCAAACAAGAUCUUAGUUUAUAAUGCAUGUGACUUGUAGAUGAGAAAUAAACGCGAAACAGGAUGGUCACCCAGCUGGGUAAAUUUGCCAUGCUUGUCUUAUCAUAUUAAUUAGUGCUUUGUUGAACAAGAAGUUUGUUAGAUUGAUUCGCCGCAGCCUCUACGUCUUCCAAAUUGAACACUAACAGUUAACUACCGUAAAUGACUGUAUAACAACACUAUACCGGUUAUAAUGUCAACUAAUGGGGUAACGUUAUAACGUAACUUUACUUAACGUUACAUGUCAAACUUAGCCGAGCAACCAUCUGGUAAGUGCCACCGUUACCUUAGCUUCUGGUGAGUUCAUCAGCUAAUAUUAGCCGAUGCUGUCUAGUUAAUAAUGAUAAACUAAUUACAUUUCUGUUAAAUAAUGUGUUGGCUAACUGUGGUUAACAAUAGGUAUCUUGAUAGUGGCUUAUCCGCUAGCUGACGUGGUUUAACAGUUAGCGGAUGGUGGUUGUCUAACUUGAGCUAUCACUAAUGUUGCUGUUAAGCUAACAUUGCAGCAGGUAUGUGUAUAACUCUGAUAACUAGCUAACUAUCUAGCUACUUGUUCAGCUGUAACAUUACUUUACACAAAUAUAACCAAACCCUAACCUUGUUUCUCUCUCCAUUACUUUCCCCAUUGUCCUCUUCCACACGCUGUCUCUUCCUCUCUUAAAGCUAUGGGUGACAGGAUGGGGUGCAGAUUCAUUUUGGAGAUGACAUUUCUACAGUAGCUGUCUUUCCUGGAUCUUCUCUGAUCCUGGUAUCCAUGUAUGGCGUGCCCUGUCCAGUUCAUUUGCCGGGGGCUUCGCACUGUUGCAUUAGUUCUUCUUUACUAUGUAUUCUCGAUAGGCAUCACCUUCUAUAACAAAUGGCUGAUGCAGGGCUUCCGCUAUCCCCUCUUCAUGACGUUAGUUCACCUGACCAUCAACUUCUGCCUGUCGGCUCUGACUCGACGGGCCAUGCAGUGCUGGACAGGGAAACCUCGCAUCAUUCUGGGCUGGACAGAUUACCUCCGUAAAGUGGCUCCCACAGCCUUGGCAACAGCACUGGAUAUUGGUCUUUCCAACUGGAGCUUCCUCUUCAUCACCAUAAGCUUGUACACCAUGACCAAGUCUUCAGCAGUGCUCUUUAUCCUUUUAUUCUCCCUGGUCUUUAAACUAGAGGAGCCGAACCCAUUCCUGAUCCUGGUGGUCCUGCUGAUCUCCAGUGGUCUCUUUAUGUUUACAUUUGAGUCCACCCAGUUCAACCCAAAGGGCUUCACCAUGGUGUUGCUGGCGUCCUUUAUCGGCGGGAUCCGCUGGACCCUCACACAGCUCCUAAUGCAGAAAGCAGAGCUGGGCCUUCAGAACCCAAUAGACACGAUGUACCACCUACAACCUCUCAUGUUCCUUGGCCUCUUUCCCCUCUUCCUGUACAAUGAAGGGCUGAGCCUCAGUACCUCAGAAAAGUUAUUCCGGGUGACGGAGCUCUCGCCUCUGCUGUAUUCACUCGCCACACUCAGUAUCGGCGGCUUACUGGCCUUUGGUUUGGGCUUCUCAGAGUUCCUGCUCGUCUCUCGGACCUCCAGCCUCACGUUAUCCAUAUCGGGGAUCUUUAAGGAGGUGUGCACUCUGCUCUUGGCAGCAGCUCUGAUGGGAGACAAGAUGAACAUGCUUAAUUGGCUGGGAUUCGCUGUGUGUCUGUGUGGCAUUUCAUUGCACGUGGGACUCAAGACAUACUAUUCCAAAAAUAAGGGACCGUCUUUAAGGCAGCUCAACAGUAAGAGCCCAGAGCUUGAGCUGCCGUUACUGCGGCAGAACAAAGACGAUAGAGACGAUUCGGCUGUUGAAUACAACGACGAAGAUGAGGAACAAGAAAUCACUCUGCACUGACAUCACAGGACACGGGCUCACUGCUCUUUGUACUACUCAUUCCUUUACAACUGUUCCAUCGGAUGUUUUGAACGUCGACGUCAAAGCUUUAGAGCAUCCAGAAACUGUUAUGUCCGGGACACACUGCCAAGUCAAGAGGGAACAGCCUCUUCAGCUCUUUUCCUUCACCCAUCAUGUCUUCGGGCCAAACCAGAGCCUCAGUAUGUAGCUGUACAUUAAUUGUGGACUCGACUCGAGUUAUUAUCUUUUGCCUUAGGGGAGCUUCAAAAAUGUAGCUAAUACAUCCAAGUGUCAACAAAGUGUGAUGUAUGGCGAGAGAGAGGGUGUUGAAUGGAUACUUUAGCUCCUUGAAUUGUAGUGGGUCAUUUUCCUUUGCUAGAUACUUGUCACACUGUGGGCAUAUCUUCUUACAUUCUAUAUUCAUCAAUAGAAUUCUGUUAAAUGGCAAAAAUGACAUGACACUAUUCAAUGCGGUUACGCAGAGUGCAAACUCGUCACCUUCCACGUAAAUCCAAAAUAAGUCAUUGGUGCCAUUCGAUUAAUUUAUUCAAUUUGAGGGGUGGGGCCUGUUCCGAGGGCUGACACCUCUUCAUAACUCGAUGCGAUUUGAGCAAGCGAAUAUUAGAUUGUUUUGGUUUUCCAAUGAAGAUGUCCUAAUCUGCUCAGUGCGUCAGCAAACCGAAAAUGACGUCAGUUGUGAAUGAAUAACCCAGACUCUUACUCCUUUGCGGUGAGAUGAAUCCAAACACAAUUUUUGCACUCCAUCCGCUAGAGUUCUGCUGCUCACUAAGAGGCGUGACGAACCUGACGCUUGAGUUAUUUUUAUUAUUACUUAUCAUUUUUAUUUGAAGUGCCUUGAACUGAUGUCCCCCUUAGGUGACUUUUGCAUGAGGGUGAGUUUUUCCCUAUAUCCUCAUGCUAAAAUCGACUUUAAUCCACAUUUUAAAGCUGAUCUUUAACACAUUUGCACCCCUGGUUACAAGUGUCUGGUUCAUGAAAAAUAUACUAGAAUUGAAAGUGUCCUGGUAUCCCUGCAAUGCAGAGUGGGAGCAGUGGUAACCUACAGUGGCAUCAGAUAGAUUACAUCAUUUCUUUCCCUUAGGUAUGUUGAUGACAAACCUAAGUUUUGUUGUGUAGAAACUGGAUGAAUGGAUGUGUAAUAUAGUUCCUCAGAGUCCUAGUUUUGCAGAUGGGCUGAGUUAACAAAGCUAACAAAAUAAUUUGAUGCAGUUAUUAUCAUUAUCAAUAAGUCUGCAGCUUAUUUCGUUUUGAUUAAUUGAAUAAUUGGUUGGUCUAAAAAAUGUGUAAAAGAAAUGACCUAAAUCCUAAAGUCACGUGUUCAGAUUGCAUGGCUUGUCCAAACAACAGUUAAAACCCAAAGAUAUUCAGAUACUAUUACAUAAGGAAGAGAACGCAUCAAACACUCAUAUUUGAGAAGCCAAUAAAAAGGGAAUGUUUGGCCUCUUUGCUUGAAAAAUCAUCUAAAUGAUGAAUCAAAUUAGUUGCUGAAUAAUUAAAAGGCCAAAGAGUGCAUCAAUGUCUGUUAAGUGGCAGAAAGGCCCUUUGAACAUGUUUUAUGGUGUAUGUUUUGAUAUUGGGACAUGUCACAAUAUUGUCAUUUUUAAUCAAAUUUACUUUUAAAGCUAGCUCUGCUAACUGAAAAUAAAGCAGUAACUUAAUUCAAGUAAAGAGCUGCAGGGUUGAAGACUAUUUAUUGAAUCUAAAUUAAUAGUCUACAGCCAUUCUAGUCUAUAUUUAAAGAGGUGUGAAAUAACUUUACCUUAAUGUGCCUUGUUAAUGUUAACUUUAAAGAGCUAUUUUCAAAAUCCAUCAUAAUUGAACUGGUGAUUAUGUAGCUGAAGUACUUGAGAUUAAAGCCAUUUAAGAAGUACAUUUAUUUGACAGUUUUUUUCUGUAAAAUGAAGCAUUGUUGCAAUACAUUGAGAAAUAAAAUAAAAAAGGUGUUUUCAA